UGUUGGGACAGGACAGCCCCAAUGGCGAAGUCUGAGGCAUCAGUGGUGACGAAGAAAUGGCGAGUGGGGUCAGCGAUCUUGAUGACGGGGGCGGUGGUGAUGAGUUGCUUGAGUUUGUCGAAAGCCACUUGGCGGCGUUCAGUCCAUGUGAAGGACUCCGUGGCGCGGGUGAGCUCAUGGAGAGGGUAGGAGACGUCGGAGAAGUUUUGAAUGAAGGGGCGGUAAUAGUUGAACUUUUGUUCUCGAACGAUGGAGAGAACUUUGCGAAGGUGUUCGAGGUGGGAUUCGAAGUUGGGGCUAAAGAUGACAAUAUCAUCAAGGUAGACCACGACACAAACUUCGAGGAGGUCACGAAAGAUGUGAUUCAUGGUAGAUUUAAAUGUGGCGGGGGCAUUGGUGAGUUCGAAGGGCAUCACGAGGAACUCGUAGUGCCCGAAGCGAGAGCGAAAGACAGUCUUGUGGGUGUCCUCCUCGUGGAUGCGGAUCUGGUGGAAGCCACUGCGGAGAUCAAUCUUGGUGAAAUACUUGGCUCCACGGAGACGAUCAAGAAGCUCGGAUAUGCGAGGGAGUGGGUACUUGUUCUUGAUCAUGAUCCGGUUCAGGGCACGGUAGUCUGUGCACAUGCGGAGUUCCGAGGUGCCGUUCUUCUUAACGAAGAGACAGUUGGUUCCGAAGGGGGAGGAGCUAGGCUUAAUGAAUUCUUUCUCAAGGAGUUCAAUAAGUUGUCGCUUCAUCUCUUGGGCCUCGGGGACGGAGAGCUGGUACUGAGGGCGACGAGGAGGAGAGUGGCCGAGCUCGAGAUCAAUGGUGUGGGAUACACCGCGUUGGUGAUGAAGUUGUCGGUGGCGCCAAUAUCAAGGAGGGUCCGGAACUUCACCGUCAAUGCACCGAGGGAAACGGGAAUGAACUUGAGCUGGAACUGUGCAGAUCCGGCACAAGCAGAGGAGAUCAUAGUGUUGAGGCGGCGUUGCUCGAGGCCUAACCUAAUGAGCCGAUUGUGGCGGGCUUGUUGCUCAACAAGGUCUGUGAAAGUGGUGGCGGAUGGGUUAGGGAGGAGGGUGGAAGAACACGUGGCAGUGGAGGGUUCAUCCGACGGAAUAGGGGACAUCGUCGGGAGGGGGGCAGGCGGAGUAGACUGCGACGCCUGGAGAUUGUCCGGUGGGAUUGAGCUCGUUCGAGGAGGUGGUGGAGGUGGUGUCCUCGAAGGCGAUGUUGUGGAAGAAGCGAGGGCGGGGAGGGGCCGAUUGGAGGUGGAUAUGAGAGGUUUUGAUUCGGGGGGGAUGGUUGAUGACUAUGUGACGGCGGGGGUUUUCGCCUUGGGCGAGAGGGGAGGUGGAGUGACCACGGUGGAGGUAGUGGUGGAUAAAGAUGGCGGUGAUGUUGAUGUGGACGUUGAAGCAGAGGCUUGUCUGGAGGAGGGGGUGGCUUGGGGUGUGGAGGAGGGGGGUGUGGUGGUGGUGACGACCGUGAUGGCUAGGGUGUUUCCCUCGAGCGUGGUGACACGGUCGGAGAUGGCGGCCAUGGUGGUGUUGAUGGAGUCAAGGGAGGAUUGGAGGGCAAUCAACGUUCGGAGGAAAGUUGCGAGUUCUGGGGUGGCGAUGGUCGAAGUUGGCGGAUUGCCUGCGAGUUCGUGGGCAAUGCUGUCGACGGAGUCGGGGCGAAGAUCAGACAUGUUGAUGGAUGAUUGAGCCAUGUUGGGGGAAGAGGGGGUGGAGGACGCAUCCGGAACAGAUGUGGAGGAUGUAGCAGCAGCAGUUGCGGCGGCAGCAGCAGCGGCGGCGGCGGCGGCACGUUGGGAGUUCUUGGUUUGGCGUGGUGGCAUGUGGGGAUGGGGGACACAAUUUCUUUAUCAAUAAAUUCAAAAUAAGGAUAAUUGCCAAGAUUUCGAAGGGAAUAAGGUUGGGGGGGAAGGGAAAGUGAGAAUUAAUUUUGAGUAAAUAAAUUUAUUCCGA